UCUACAUUUGACCUUUUCAAAAUUAUGUUUACAAUAUUCACUCUUUUUAAUUUUUUUUAAUUUUCUUAAGAAUAGUUGAUAUCAUCCUUUUUUGCUCCUAAACCUUUUCAAACAUGAAAGUUGUUGCCUUAAUAAGUGGUGGCAAAGACAGCACCUUCAAUAUGAUGCAGUGUAUUGCUGCUGGUCAUCAAAUUGUAGCAUUAGCAAACUUGGUUCCACAUAACAAAACCGAGUUAGAUAGCUUUAUGUAUCAAAGUGUAGGGCAUGAAGCUAUUGACUCCAUUGCUGCAGCUAUGGAUUUACCAUUAUACAAAAGGGAUACGUUUGGAAUUUCAAAUGAAAGAGGAAAAAUUUAUAAGCCGUCUGAUAAUGAUGAAGUUGAAGAUUUGUACUUAUUACUUGAACAAAUUCUAAAAGAAAUAGAAAUUGACGCAGUUUCCGUUGGUGCAAUAUUGUCAGAUUACCAAAGAGUUAGGGUAGAAAACGUAUGCAUUAGACUAGGCCUCAUCCCCUUAGCAUAUUUGUGGCAACAAAACCAGAAAGAACUCCUAGAUGAAAUGAUAAAGUGUGAAGUAGAUGCAAUUCUAAUUAAAGUAGCCGCGCUAGGUUUAGAAACAAAACACCUGGGAAGAUCUCUAAGCUUAAUGCAACCUCAUUUGUUAGCAAUGCAUGAAAAAUAUGGCCUUAAUAUUUGCGGAGAGGGGGGAGAAUAUGAAACAUUGACCUUGGACUGUCCGUUGUUCAAGAGUCGAAUAGUAAUCAAAGAAUCGAAAGUUGUAGUACAUUCUAAUGAUCCCAUUGCACCUGUGGGAUAUCUUGUUUUUGAGAAACUAGAAUUAGAACUUAAAUUGCCGGCCCUAGAUUUGCAGGGUCGUUUAGAAGGUUUGCCGUUGAAAGAUAGUGAUGGAUAUGUAACCAACCAAGGGCAGGGGCCAUUUGAUAUUACAGAAGAUGAUAUAGAUGAUCUACAGACUAGUUCUGGUGACGCAUCAAUCAAUAGCAUCACUUAUUUUCCGGAGAAUAUCAUCCAGAAAGCGCUCUCUAUUAGAAGUAGAAAUGGAUGGUUAUGGAUUGGAGGUAUCCAGGGAACUUCUUCAGAUGCUUAUGAAGCAAUGAAUGAAGCCAUGAGUAUUUUAAAGUCUGAACUUUCUCUUCAUAACCAUUCUGUGAAAGAUAUAUGUUCGGUAACAAUGUUUGUAAACGACAUGUCUCGGUAUGCGGCCCUGAAUGAGCUCUACGUGGAAACUUUCGAUUUUGUCAAUCCUCCAACUAGGGCAUGCGUUCAGGUUCCAUUCAGCCAAGAUUGUCCUUUGAGAAUGGAGGUUGUAUCGUGGAAGCAGCCAGCUGAUUCCGCGGGUGAUGAGCCCAUUGAAAGACAAACCAUGCAUGUUCAGAGUAGAUCCCAUUGGGCUCCUGCAAAUAUUGGCCCAUAUAGUCAGACUGUAAGAGUAAGGAACUUCAUUCAACUAGCGGGACAGAUUGGAUUAGUACCUGGUAGCAUGGAACUGGUCAAAGGAGGAAUAAAGGCUGAAUGUCGAUUGGGUUUGAGACAUCUUGAAAGACUGCUAAAGGCUGUGGAUUCAAAUUUUAACUUGAGUAAUGUAGUACAGGGUAUUUGUUAUGUUUCUAAUGUCGCCUUCGUAGAACCUGCUAGGAAAUUAUGGGAAGAAAAAACUAACAAUGCAAUAGUUGAAUAUGUGGUAGUAACUGGUUUGCCAAAGAGUGCUGCUGUAGAAUGGCAUGUUUGGGCUCAUAAAUAUAACAAUCAAUUUGACUAUGAAGAAAGGGGAAAAUGCAUCGAAAAGUAUACAAUUUCAAUAUACAGACGUUGGAAUCAUGAGAAUAACGUAUCAGCAAUACUUUGUCGUAUAGGUCAUCCCGAGGAAGACUCCCCUUUCAAUAGUGAAGUUUUCAAGGAAGCGAUGGAUUAUACAAUACAGAAACUGAGACAAGACCAUGAGCAUGACACAACAUCCGUGAUCAACUUGAACAUUUUCUAUUCUGUUUCAAAAAAUAUGGAUUCCACCUUAUUUUCCGAAUAUUUUGAAAAUUUCACUAAAGACAUACAAUUAAGUUAUACACUUGUACCUGUUAUAUCUCUUAGGAAUAGGCAGACAUUUUUGUCCAUAUGUGGGGUAAGAAUUCCAUGAACAUUUGCUUAGAGUUCCACUAAAUUGUGAUUAUUUUCUUUGUAAAUGUAUUUUACAUCCUAAAGGGUUCGAAAUAAUGUUAUAUGAAAAAGAAUUGUACAUUUUUAUUUUUAUCUGGCAAAUGCCCUGGUUUUAUAUGCUUUGUUGCAAAAUAUGUUUAUUAUUUCAUUGUUAUAUACAUUUUCAUAAACAAUCUCAA